AAGAUAGAUUAAGGUGUGCUUAUUUGAAUUUUCAUAUCAGAAUGUACAGUUUGUUUAUGAUUUUUAAAAUAUUUCACGAAACAUGCCGUGUUACCAUGUGUGGCCAAUCCCAUCAGCCCAAUCAUGAGUGUAGAAACCCUUUGUUUAUCAUGUUGAUCAUGUAUAAUAUAAAUGUUUUACGCUUAAAAAUUGUGAUCAAUGUUUAUUUCGUGUUACAUGAAGAUACGUUAUUUUGAUUCCAAGAAUUAAAAGUGAAAUGAAAAAGGAAUAUAUAUCGAUUUCCUUUACCGGUUGCAUCAUAGGAUUAGCUUUAAAGAGCCCUUCCAGUUAGGCGCGCUUUAUACAAACGCGCGUAACUGCAUUUCCUUAUUAACAACAGAAGAGAGAGGAGAUUGUCCUGAUAUCGAACCAAGCCUCUACCAAACCUUGGAAAUGUCUAAGCCAUUUGUAUCCUCCACCCCCAUGAAGUAUGAGAAGUCAGACGCCAGUUUACUGACCACAUGUACCUACACAGAGGUCCCCUGCGCAGACUUUGACCCCGAGGCCGAAGGCAUCUCCCUGUGUAUCGAUAAAAAUGUGAGUGAAAAGAAAGGACCAGAGGACAGUAGCUCUGAGUUGUCCUCGGACGGCAGCAGUAACAGGUUGUUCAGCAGCUUCAUCCAGAUCCACUCCGAUGUGUCCAACUUCUACAAGUCUAACCACUCACACAUCAAAACUGGAGUGUAUGUAGCCUUGAUUGGUGUGUACAUGGCCUACUUUGUGGCUGCCAUGGUGAUCUCUCACGAAAAGAAGGUCAAGGACCCGACCCCCUUGAUUAUCGUUACCGCGGUGACAGCGACCUUCAUUACAAUAUGGCUGGUGAGGAAACACUUUGGCAAACAGAUCCAAGAAAAGCUGGUUUUUCACGUGGUUUUCUUCUUUGAACAGCGAGAGAAAAUGGUCAAGGCUUUAAAAAUUGUAUUGUGCCUAGUGUUGGUUGUGGCAGCAGUCGUUGUUAUAGCGUUUUCUGUGUGGGAACAGCCCAGGAAUCUGGUCUCCAUCAGUGGCUUCAUUUUCUUCUUGUUCAUCCUCCUAAUCUGCUCUGCUCAUCCCACAAAGGUGAACUGGCGUCCCGUGUUAGGUGGCUUGGCCCUGCAGUUCUUCUUUGCGGCCAUGAUUCUGAAGUGGGAUGUCGGCCAAGCAGUGUUUGAAUUUCUAGGCAACCAGGUCCAAACUUUCCUGGAAUUUACCAACACAGGGACCAAGUUUGUGUUCGGAGACAAGUACACAGAUCACCCAUUUGCAAUGGUGGUACUUCCUGUGAUAGUGUUCUUCAGCUGUGCGAUAUCUGUCUUGUACUACGUCGGAGCCAUGCAAGUCGUCAUCGGGAAAAUCGCCUGGGUCAUGAGGGUCAGUCUCGGUACUUCUGCACCCGAGUCUUUAUGUGCAGCUGGAAACAUUUUCAUUGGACAGACGGAGGCUCCCAUUAUGAUUCGUCCAUUCUUGGCAUUGAUGACCAAGUCGGAGCUCCAUGCUGUGAUGACCGGAGGUUUUGCUACCAUAGCUGGGGGAGUGUUAGCAGCCUACAUAUCCUUUGGGGUAUCAGCAGAGCACCUGCUGUGUGCCUCAGUGAUGAACGCCCCCGCUGCCUUGGCCGUGUCCAAACUACUUUACCCAGAGACGGAGACCAGCAAACUUAGGAAGGCUUCAGACCUCGGCACAGACGAAAAGAAAGAGAGAAACAUCCUGGAAGCCGCCGCUGCUGGUGCCUCGUCCUCCAUUAAACUGGUGGCCAACAUUGCGGCCAAUCUGAUUGCCUUUCUUGCCAUGUUGGAGUUUGUUAAUGCCGUCCUCUCCUGGUUUGGGAGCUUUGUCGGUUAUCCUGAGUUCUCUUUUCAGAUGAUCUGUUCUUAUGUCCUGAUGCCCUUAGCAUAUCUGAUGGGUGUCGACUGGGCUGAUUGUGGAAUUGUGGGUGAACUAAUUGGAAUCAAAACCUUCCUCAACGAGUUCUUGGCCUACGGAGAAUUGUCCACCUACCUCAAUAACAGAAAAUCAUGCACAGGGCGGAUUUUGGCUGUCCGAUCUGAAAUCAUCGCUACCUAUGCCCUGUGUGGGUUCGCUAACCUGAGUUCUAUCGGGAUUCAGCUCGGAGCUCUGGGUCCAAUGGCACCCAGUCGGAGGGGAGACCUCGCCCAGAUCGUACUGCGGGCUCUGUUAGGGGGGAUAGUCACUAGUCUCAUGACUGCUUGUAUAGCAGGUCUUCUUGUUGCUGAACCCAUUACACAACUUGCCUGUCUCAACUCCACUGUUGUCAAUGCCACAAUGAUUCCUUCGGCGACCAACUUGACCACUACUCUGACCUUUGUUUCACGGUUCAUCGAGCAGACAACAGCCUCCGUAUGAUAGUGAAUGAUCGAGGAAAUCAUCAUUUGAAAAAAAAAUUAUUGUCUCACUUUUCCUCUUUUUUAAAAAAAAAUUAUUUAUGAAUAUCAAAUAUGUACAGUGUACAUGUCUAUGAAAAUUUUCAUACAUAUAUUUGUAGCUACAUAGUUAUUCAUAUUUGUACCUAUGGUAACAAAAGGUAUUGUUUUUUUAAGUAGUGUGUUAUUUACCUAUACACUACUUUGGACAAGUAUUAAUACAUGUAUUUAUAUUCAGACACUUUACAGUAAACAGGAAUGAAAAAGCACAUAUAUAAUCAGUAAAACUGUAUUAUCAUGCAUGUCAGAUGAUCAAACUAGACCCAUUUGUAUUGUGUAUUUAUUGUGUUCCUUUAGGAAUAGUAAUGAUGAUAUAUUUAAUAUUAAUAACCAUAUUUUUAGCAAUCAUAGGUGUAUUUUAUUACAGAUUGAAAUAUUUUUUAAUUUAUUCUCUAAAACGUAGAGAGAAUAUAGAACAAUAUCAGAUAUUUACCAGUUAAGGCAGCAUGGCUACAUAUCACCAUCAAUGUAAAUACAAUCAAAGAAAAAUAAUGGUUUUUCCUGUAGUUUCGUUGUAGUUAACUCAGAAAUAGGUACAUUGUACUUGUACAUGAAAUUGUUAACAAAAACUAAUAUAUAUAGAUUAGAUCACGUUUACCAUUUGUGGAGACCAAACUUUUUUGUAUUUUAGAUGAAUGAUGCCCAAAAAAAUGUACAAUUUUCAAUGUUGGUAAAAAGUUAUCAUACUUCAAAGAAAGUUGGCAAGGUUUUGUUUAUAAAGUGAUUGCUUUUGAUUUUCUGUGUGGUUUGUGCUGGCAAUGAAAUGAAGAAUUCUGUGUUUAAAGAGCUUUUGGUGUGUGAGUGUGUUUAUUUAUCACUUAAAGAGAAAAAAGUUAUUAUAUAUGUAUUUUCUCAUGAAUAUUUCAAAUGCUUGAGUGGCUUGUGUCAAGUCAUAAGCAGCCAUGUACAAUGUUUUAACACAGGCUGUCAUGUUGUUAUGUUAAAUGGAAAUGAUCUUUUUUUUUAAUGUCGCAGCUUCUUAAUACUCUAAUACUUUACUUUAGGGUUGAGGUAUUUUUUUUUAUGCUGAACUACAGCGGUAUACUCAUCCAUAAUUUUCUUUACAUAUUUUUGAAUCUCGUAUCAAGUCAGUCAGCAAGUGACUUGGUUUAUUUUUCCACUGAAGUGGAAAUGUGAAACUGUGGAUUGAUCAAUUUUGAAUACCAAUUUUUGUUGACCUCGCUUUUGAGUUGAUCUAAAAAUAAAAUGUUCAGCAAAGUAGUAUUUUCAAUAACAUUGUAUUGAUUGGUAGUUACUUAUCAUUAAAACUUAGAUUUUCAUUAAAUCCACAAAAACUUAUGCCCACAAAUAUUGAUAUAACCACUGUAGAUGAUUUUUGUUUGUUUGUUUGGUGAUUUAUUUGUUGUGUUCUUCGGUGAUUUUACUAAUGUGCUUUGCCUCUUUUUUCCACUUGCUCAAUAUUUCUUUUGUUUCUAGUCUUUGUCUUAUGAAUGAGAAGUCAAUGUCCUGUUAGUAUUUGUAAAUAAGAUAACUUCUACCUUAGUCAAAAUGCCUGACGUUUUUCUGGAUUUUUGAAAGAUUUUGAUAACUUUGAUGUUUUCCUAUUUUUUUUUGAUGAUUUUGAUAUUUUUAAUGCCAGACAUAAAAAAUAACAAAACCGUUAAAAAAGCCAGGAAAACUUCAGAUAUUUUGGACUACUACCCAAGAAAUUAAACUCUAGGCAAUUGAUAGUUUAGACAGGAGAGUUAAUUCUCACUUGAGUACUGUAAUGAAUAAGCUGAAGUGUGUGACUGUUUCAUACUAGUAUGCUAAGCAGAUUUUUUUGUAUGAAUUUUAUAUCAGUAAGAAGAAGGGAGAGCACUCAUUAAAUGUUUAACAGUUUUUUCAGAGAGUGAAAUCAUGAUAAAACAUCUACCUGGUGUAUGAUGAGGCAAAGCAAAUUUGCAAAAUAUUCAGGACUUUGUGUAAAACUCCAUUGUUCUUUUUUAUGAAUAGAAAUUUGCUGUAUUGAUAAUUAAACUAUGCAUUCAAAUGAAGAGUAUGUGCUCCAAAGACCUUUUUUUGAAUCUCAAUGUAUCUCAGCCUAUUGCAUUCUAAAUUAUUGCAAUUUAUAUUACAUAUGAUUAUAUUCUAAUUAAUAACACAUGUACUUUUAACAGGCAGCAUGGAUAAUAACAUCAUUAUACAUGUACAUAUAUUUAAUAUUAUGUUCUCCAGUGGUUGCAGUGGGGUUUUUAAUUAUUUAUCACUAUUUUUCAACAUUGAUUUAAAAUUUGUGCAUGUCUAAGUUUGAUUUAUUUUAUUUUUAUCAAAUUGAAACGGGAAGUAGUGAUGUGAACAAAGUCAAAGAUCAGUUUUUAAUGAUAGGUUCUUAGAAUUUAGUUGGUACACUCUUUGUAGGGUAAAAAUUAAGCUCAAACUUGUGAAAUCCAAUGUGUUCAAAUUGAUUUGUUGUUUUUGUAUCAAGCACCUUUAACAAAUGUUUUGUUCAGUACAAUUGCUUUUUUGUGCAUUUUGUAGAAUUGAGAUGAACGAAAACAAUAAAAUUUCCAUAAUAUGAAUAAUA